AUGGUUCUCUCCUCGUUAUCCUCAGCUCUAUGCGUCCUCUUGCUGGGCCUCGGGAGCACCGCGACGAUGAGCGUCGACAAAGGACUCUCCAUAGACCUAUCCAGCCCUCUCAAGAGCGUGUCAUUCCAUCGGACAACAGCCAUGAGCGCACCAUCCGUAGAUGGCCCAGCCAUGCACUACCAAGAAAUCAAGCCGGUCAAAGCAAAGACCGCCAGUCGCUCGGCAGCUAGUGCACUUCGGGCUGCGAGAUCGAAAACUCCUGGCGGUGGCUAUUACCAGAACGUUACAGCGCUGUUGGACGCUUCGACUCAAUACGCCCUCCAAGUUGAGUGGGACGACCAGCCCCUCUGGCUCAUCUUCGACACGGGGAGCAGCGACACCUUUGCCAUCCGAGCCAACCAUAGCUGCGUCUCUCGGUUCGAUGCCCCGGUAGACACGGUAGAGCACUGUGCCUGGGGUCCCGACCUUAUCGAGGAUUUCCGACACGGCGAAGACCCACAGUUACACUUCAGGGUCGGCUACGGUUCCGGGGAGGCCGUCUCGGGUCCCCUAGGCCGGAGUGAUAUAUCCGUUGCCGGAAUCACCGUCGAGAAGCAGCUCUGCGGUCUCGCAAACUAUACGUACUGGAAUGGAAACAACAUCACGAACGGGAUACUUGGCCUGGCCUAUCCUGCUUUGACAAGUGCAUAUUCCGGCCCCGUGGGGGACGAGAGGCUGGCGUACAAAAAGAGCUAUUCUCCCUUCUUUUCGACAAUGGUUUCCCAGGGCUUGGUCGACCCUUUCUUCGCCGUGGCCAUCGAGAGAAACUCCUCCGCUGGCAUGAUUGGAUGGGGCGGCAUACCGCCUGUUCGCUGGUCUGGGAGAACGACGGCGGUAACCGAUAUCCUGAUUGCGAACGUUGCCGCGCUUGAGGAGCCGCUCAACUUCCAAUAUUCGUUUUACACCAUAGUCGUAGAUGGAAUCCAGUAUGGCCACGCAGCUGAUUUCACCAAGUAUCUCUACAUCGUGGAUACAGGGACGACAUUGAUACACCUCCCCCAGUCCCUCGCCGACGCGAUCGCACACUCGUUCGAGCCGGUGGCGGUUUAUAUGUGGCAGUACAACUCUUACUUCGUGCCCUGUGAUGCCGUUGCACCUCGCCUUGCGGUCAUCAUCAACGGGGCUCACUUCUGGAUUAACCCGGCGGACCUGAUAUACCAGGGAAUUAAGGAGUCUACCUUUGGUCUUUGUAUGCUCGGUAUUACAAAUGGGGGGGUCGGGCCUUAUAUCCUCGGAUCGGUUUUUCUCCAAAAUGUGGUCGCGGUGUUCGAUGUAGGGGCCGCGCAGAUGCGCUUCUACUCGCGCGAUUAG